AUGCAAGUUGAGUCUGCUGUAUCCGACUUUGGGAUCAAAUACAGUCGCAAGUUGCCAGCAGGCAUACUUGCCGCACGUGUGGAAUAUGAAAGCCUGCGUGCUUUGAACGACACAAUUGCCAUAUGCCGCUGGCUCGAUGUAGAUACCAUCAGCGAUGAGAAUGGCAUUCAGCGCUCUCUGGUAGAUCUAGCACCGUUGGCAUUGCGCAAUGUUUGCGCCGGACUGUGCUAUUGGUCGUGCGAAAAUCUGAAUGAUAUCAAUUCGACUCAAAAAUACAAAACACGCGUCCCUUUUGGCAGGAGGGAGCCCCAACUUGAUGGUCAGAAUCAGGCAAUGAACGAUUUUAUGCAGAAUGUCAAGUUGCUGCGAGAUACAGCUGCAAAAGCUACAUCGCACAGGGAUACGGCGGAUGUCCUCGAGCGCCUCAACAAGCAAGUCGCCAUGUUGGAGGAAAAGCUGGGCCACACACCAGAAGCUGAAUUAUGA